AUGGAUAAGUUCGAGUUAGAGAAGCAGUCGCCAACGGUUACGGUCGUAGAAGAUGGUGGAUAUACUGAAGAAGGUGGGUAUACUGAAGAAGUUAAGCAGUCGCCUUUCAAGAAGUAUAUCCAUUUUUUGAUUCAAGGUGCAGAGACUAAGGGUGUUGAACCGGUAACCGACGACGAGAAGCAUGGUGAUUCAAUUGUCAAUAGUGCCUCCAUGUGGUUUUCCGCCAACAUGGUUAUCGCAGCUUUUUCUAUUGGUACUUUGGGCCCCAUGAUUUACGAUCUAAAUUUCGGCCAAUGUGUGUUUAUUAUUAUUUUCUUCAAUAUUCUGGGGAGUCUUGGUGUGGCAUUCUUUUCGGGAUUCGGUGCUGAAUUUGGUCUUAGACAGAUGAUUCUGUCGAGAUAUAUGGUUGGUAAUUUGACCGCUAGAGUAUUUGCCCUAAUCAAUAUAGUUGCAUGUGUUGGUUGGGGGGUUGUGAAUACGAUUGCAUCGGCGCAAUUGCUCGAAGUGGUUAAUCAAGGUCCGCACCAAUGUCCUCCAUGGGCGGGCUGUCUUAUAAUUACGGGUGGUACUUUCUUUGUGACAUUCUUUGGAUACAAAGCUAUCCACGUCUAUGAAAAAUAUUCAUGGAUUCCAAAUUUCGCAGUUUUCCUCGUUAUCAUUGCAUGUCUAAAGAAGAAUGGUUCAUUUUCUAACGGACCAUGGACUGGCGGUAAGACAACAGCAGGAAACGUCCUUUCAUUUGGUAGUGCGGUAUUUGGAUUUGCAGCAGGUUGGACUACUUAUGCUGCGGAUUAUACCGUUUAUCUUCCUAGAAAGACUAACAAAGUUAAAAUCUUUUUUUCACUAUGUUUUGGACUUCUUUUCCCAUUGUUCUUCUGUAUGAUCUUGGGAGCCGCUGCCGCCAGAUGUACCGAUAAAAAUGCACUUUACAUGGAUAACUAUCAAAAGCAUUCAGUAGGUGGAUUGAUUUAUGCGGUCUUGGUUCCAAAAUCUUUACAUGGUUUCGGUAGUUUCUGCUGUGUGGUCCUUUCAUUGUCAACGAUUGCUAAUAAUAUUCCCAACAUGUAUACUAUUGCUCUUUCAGCACAGGCAUUAUGGGGACCACUAACUCGUAUACCACGUAUUCUUUGGACAGCUGCUGGUAAUGGUGCGGUAUUGGGUAUUUCAAUUGCAGCCUAUUACAAGUUUGAUAAUUUCAUGCAAAACUUUAUGGAUUCCAUUGGUUAUUAUCUAGCCAUCUACUUGGCAAUUUCAUUAUCUGAACAUUUCAUUUACAGAAAAGGGUUUAAAGGUUACAACGUUGACGACUGGAAUAAUUGGAACGGCUUACCAAUUGGUAUUGCAGGCUGUUGUGCGCUUUUCUGCGGUGGUGUCGGUGUUGCAGUUGGUAUGGAUCAAACCUAUUGGGAGGGUGAAAUUGGUAGAAAGAUUGGUAAAUACGGUGGUGAUAUCGGGUUUGAACUUGGUGCUGGAUUUGCCUUCAUAGUUUACAACCUAUUGAGACCAUUUGAAAAGAAAUAUUUUGGUCGUUAG